AUGUCGACUUCUGUUGCCGAGCUGCUCAAGCCGGCCUCCCGGUUCGACGUCAACUCCCUCCCUGCCAUGGAGAAGAUUGUCCGCGAGCAUGUCGCAUCGGGCGAGUACAAUGUUGAGCUCAACCUUGCUGUGCUCAAGCUGUAUCAGUUCAACCCGCAACUGUAUCAGUUCAACCCGCAAGCGACCAACGAGGAGAUCAUCUCGCUGGUGCUGGCCAAGGCCAUGAUGGCUCUCCCGGCGCCUGACUUUCAGCUUGCUCUGUACCUCAUCCCGGAGGCGGCUCUGACUGACAUGCACCGCUCGCUCGUCGACCUGGCCAACCUGCUCGACACGGCCAAGUUCCGCGCCUUCUGGGACGCCUUUGGCUCGUCGCCGGCCGAGGACCUGCUCGGCUCGAUCGCCGGCUUUGGCGACGCCAUCCGUGGCUUUGCGGCAUCGGUGGUCUCCUCAACCUUCCAGCUCAUCGACCUCUCCGAGCUCGCUGACCUCCUCUUCCUCGACCAGGCCGCCGCCGCCGCUUACGCCGAGAAGGCUGGCUGGGCCGUCGACUCGGACAACGCCACCGUCUCCAUCCCGCUCAACGAGUUCAACCAGGCCAAGGCCAAGGAGAUCAAGGAGGACAUCCGCUUUGAGCAGAUCGCCCAGCUCUAA